GACAGGUGUUUAAAAGGGUCAAGUUCAGAUAACCUGUUUUGAAGUUGGCAGAAGCAAAGCAAAGCUGCGGGUUGAAUCGGUUACACUGCUACCAAGUCUUCGUUGUUUCCAAAGCCAUGUUUUGUAACCACCUCAGAUUCAAAGAUCAAAAUUUUACCAAUUCGUGUGAGCAGUCCUGAAGUGAUUCCUGAGCCUUUUAGCAAUGGUGGAGAAGAAACAGAAUAUCUCACAAUACCGUGGGAGGUUGGACAGGACAUUAGCAUCAGAAGAACUGACAAAUGAGGAAAGCAUCAAGUUCCUUGUGAAGAACCAAGUUCUAAAGUCAAUUGAAUGUCAGAAUGAAGUUCGUACUGAGACUGUCAUUGAAAAGAAAGCCAAAGAGGUAUCAAGUUUUAUACAAAUGCUGAAGAGUGCUUCUGAAUAUGAUGAUGAUAUUGCGCAGAAAAAGACACCAGUCCAUGGUGAUUGGAAAAUAAAGCAGGACACUGAAGAGUGUCGUGUGAUGUACAGGGAAGGACCUGAAGGUACUCCAUUACAUACACUUCUUGUUGAAGGCUAUGUUGAUGGAACCACUGAUAUUUGCUUAUGCUUAUCUUGGGAGAUAAACCUCUAUAAGAAAUGGUGGCCACAAUUCACAGUCCCUACUUUCAAGAUUCUCUUGACAGAAUGUUUGCAAAAAGUCGGAACUGACGAACAGAUAUCAUUAGUGAGGAUGAAGGUUCCGUGGCCACUAUCAACAAGAGAGGUUGUUGUUCGUAUGUUCGAGUUUGAAUACUUUAAAGAUGGUCUCAUCAUUGUUCUCUUCAAUUCGAUAAGCGACUCAGACAUUGUUGAUACAAGUACUCAUGGAUUCAGUCAAGAGAUGAUACCUAAAGCGCAGGAUGUGACAAGAAUCGAUGUAGUGGGAGGAUUUGCCAUACAGAAGGUGAACGAAGAAAGAAGCUAUUUUAGGACAAUAGCCAAUAUGGAUUUAAAACUGGAGUUUGUUCCCCCGGCGUUCAUCAAUUUCACUUCUAGGCAGAUCAUAGGCAGCGGUUUCAAGCUUUAUCAGAAGAAAGUUGCCUUGGUAUCCAAAGGCGGCGAUGAAGAUUUCACCAAAGCUUUAACUCAUCCUAUAUACAAUCGAGUACGAGAAUCUCUAUAUUCCAAAAUAAAAGAACCCGAGAGCUUUCCUAUGGAGGAGGUUACCGAAAUGGCUGAACCAAUUCUCGAGAAUGAAUUUCAAUCUUUGUCUGAAGAUAUCACGAUUAUUCCAGAUCAGAAAUUUACAACCGAGAUUCAAGAGAUUGAAGAAGAACUAGAAGUAAUAGAAACUUCAAAUUUUAAGGAACAUGUGAAACAGAGGAUAUCUUUUAAUGGUGUAAAUAGAAUCCAGAUUAGUCCCGAGGUGAAACAAGCGCUGGAAACGUUAGAACAGGCUAUUUUUGUUGUUCGCCAAAAUGGGAAGCAAAAUUCGAAAGUUCAAUCAUUUUCUGGCUUCCACAAUGAAGAAUGCUUUGACCUUAUACAAGCCCAAGUAGUAGUAGAAGAAGACGACUCUAAACCUUUGCAAGAUCCUCAAGUCAGCUCAAACGAUGGAGUUUCAGUUGAGGAGCCGAAAAUUGAGAAGAUUUCACUUGAACCGAGGAGCAACUCGCUCUCCAGAGUGGUGCCGGAAGAAGAUGUUCAACUUCCAUAUGACAGUCAACGAUCAAAUGAUGAAGAAAAAACUGGAGUAGAAUAUAGUUUGAGCAGAAAUAAAGAAAAUGACAAGAUGGGUAGUGGAAAUUGGAAUGAUAUGGAGAAAAUUGUUCCACCAAAGAGGAAGAACAAGAACAAGAAGACUAGGCUAUGCUGUUUUCACUUCAUUUCACAAGAUUGAUGAAAGAAUUGAAUCGUAUAGGGAAAACAACUGAGCAUUACAUGUUUUAUGCAGACUUUGUGAUAUGAUUUUGGACAACUUGCUACAUAAAGCAAGUAGAGAAAGUGUUGGUGUGUAAUUCAAUAAACCUGGGUAACAAAAAUAAAAAGAUUAAACAAACAAAGUCUUAACUAUAACAUGAUCAAAACAAAUUGAGUACAAAUUAUGUAAAAGAUUUUAAUAUUUUUAUCAUCA